AUGAAGAUCCUUCUGUUCACCGUUGCGCUAUGUCUGAGCUUGAGCUGCCUGACCGAAGCCAUAAACCUUCACGACAAUCCCAAACCGAGCCACUUGGAUUCACAAAGCCCCUGCUUGCCAGGGCAAGGCCCUCGGCAAGCUGGAAGGAAGAACCACGCUGUCCUGGCCCAGUGGCUUCACCAAGAAUUUUUUUCAAUUCCCGGUUUUCCUACAUCGCUGGUUCGUGCGUAUGCUAUCUAUCGAGCCGGCAGCCGUUACAUGCAUGGAGUGGAACGGGACCAAGGGCUUCUGCGUGUUCCGGGAAUUAUGAGAAUAAUCAACGCCUUUGUCCGAGCGGAGCAACAAAACCAAAAAGGAUGCUGCGUAAAUAUGACUCUUCCCAACGCCUAUGGAAUCGACUCGUGCUUCCAUGACGUUGGUCGGGACCUAUGCGACGUGUCAGCGGCGGGCCUGUCGUCGCUGGUGAUGUGCGUUAUUGACAAAAUGGCGGCUUUCGGUUUCAACGGUUACCUGUUUACAAACUUCUACCCAACAAUCGCCGAGUUAUUCAAACGCACUGGUCAAAACUUGACUACGCUGGACUACCUCGCCUCGUACUGUCUGGAUGGCUCCAGCGCCCUUCAGGUGUUUUGUGAAAUCGACCCGAGCAUCGAAGACUCUGCCUGCGGCACGCCCAUUGUGUUCCAGGUACCUGCACCUCAACCUGACGAAAGCAUGUGCGAGCCGAAUGAAGCCUGCCAAGGCGUUCCACCUACGGAUCCGACCUUUAGCCGACUUCUCUCGGACGAAUUCGUGUGUCUGGUCAAUCUUCAGCCGAUGACGACAAGUAUGAUAGUGUACAAUGACGUGGGUGCUACCUCAGCCAACUGCUGA